UACUUUAUAGGUGUUUCUAUUUAGUGGCGUCCCUACCUCAACCAAGAAUAGCUGGAGGGAUCGUGUUGCUCGUGUGUCACACGGUGUGACUGUUCCUUAGAUCGCCGCGGCGCGCUUCGCUCCAGACUUCACAUCGCCGUUGAGUUCGACUGACGCGGCUGACAGACUGAGCCGCCUGAUGCUGCCUCGCGCUUCCUGCCGGCUGGUCGUCCCCGCCGCGCUGUCGCCAAGUCGCCUCCGCUCCCGCCGCGCUGUUGCCAAGUCGCCUCCGGUCCCCGCCGGACUACGCCGGGCAUGGAGAUCUCACCGCCCUUGGACGUGACGAAGUCCACGGUCUCCACGCGGGAGUCUCCGGGCGAGGUGCGCAGCGAGCACCGGGCGCUGUACUCGUCGCACGCGUCCAGGCCGGUCAAGCCGACGAGCCCCGGGUCUGGGCUGCCCAGGGACAGGUCGCGACACGCCCAGGGCGCCGACGGCGAGGCGGUCUCCCGCCGGCACGCCUGGAAGACGUCCUGCUCGCAGUCGCGGUCCGACACGCUCACGUGGCACCGCACCAGCGCGGACUCGUCCGUCACGUUCACGACGGACACGCCGGUCAGCUUUUCAAGGCCUUGCGCUUAG